AUGGAAGGGGUACGUUUAAUAUCGGUGCAUAAAGUGAGGCAAAUCACCUGGCUGCUUCUUCUUGCAAACCUUCGGGACGAGGAAAGGCAACAACUCUCUAGUUUUACUCGCUUUUCUGCAUCGCUGAUCGGAAGCCCAUGCCAAUGGAGAAAUGUGAACAGAGCAAUACAAUGGGUUAUUAUAUUCCAGGGGAAAGAAAUCUCGCAACCACAGAAGCACCUCAGAAGACUUGUGGGCUCUUGUGAUUCCCAUCCUCAACAAUGCACAAUGGAUGGAGAUACGCUUACCUCAGGUAGUCAGGGUUAUCCCCGCAUUUAUCAAUCAUUUCAUGAAGCGUCUUGGCUCAUGAAGGGAGAUAUUUUUCACCCAGAUCUCAUCAUUCUCUAG